UGACAGCACGACCACUACACGCCGCGCUUCUCUUCGCGCUCGCCGCGGCGCUCGAGGCGGCGGGCGCGCCCGUCACUGCGCCACUGGGACUCGCCCCGCGCGCCCAAAAGACGGAAAAGCCAAAACAGAACAAGGGCAUCAGCCGGCGCACGCUACUCCUCGCCACGCUCCUGCCGUUACUGUUCCUCGUGCUGAUCGGCGCGUCGCUGUGCGCGUGCGAGAUGCGGUCGCGCAUGCGCCAGAAGACAUACACGCACGACGCGCCCAAGUCGUACGAGCAGAUGGCAGAAUUGCGGACCAAGGCCGCCGAGGAGCUCGCCGAGCGGCGCAAGAGCAUGCGCGAGGAGUCGCGCAAGUCGCGCAGGAUAAGCAUGAAGGAGGCGAUGGAGGUGCUCAACGACGACGGCGGCGAGCGGAGCGGCACGCAGCGCGACUCGGUGCAGAACAUCGUGCCCAAGCGGUUCGAGGUGCCGACUGAGCCCGUGCCCAAGCUGCCACCGCAGUUCGACCACCCCCUCGGACGUACUCGCUCCAAGUCGGAAUCCCGCGGCAGCGCAAAGCCAAAGAAGGACAAGGAGGGCAAGGUGCGCAAGCACUUCCGCGCGGGCAGCACGUCGAGCAUCGGCAAGGCGUUUUAGGCGGCCGGGGACGGGCGGACGGGAUUGGACACGGACACUUGGGUCGGGACGCGGCGAGGGCGACAGGUCGAUCUAUCAGAGCCGAGGGGUUAAGCGUACUGUAUAAUGUCUUGGAUUG